UGUAAGGUUGAGCUAACCAAUACCCAUUUUCCCAAUUUGCACAUUCUCUCUCUACUUUCUCUCUCUCAUGUGUGAUGUGUGGACCCUACUUCACCUCCAACCAGCGGCGCCAUUAGUCUUUACUUGGUUUCCAAGCUCACCCACCUCCCUCUCUCUCUCUCUGUCUCUCUCUCUCUCUUACAGGCCAGUCUUCAUAACACCAUCUUCCCAUUUAUUAUAAAGAAAUCCAAAACCCCACCUUUCUAUCCUCUUGCUAGCUCCAUCUCCUUCCCCUCUUUAAUUCCUCUUAUCUCUCUCUUCUCUCUUUCUCUUACCCCUCUCUCCAUCCCUCUCCUCCUCCAACUCGUUAAUUCUUUUUUUAUUCCUAAAUCUACCAAAAAUACCUAUCAAUAUUAUAUAAAAAAAAGAAAAAAAUAGGGAUUUAAAAAAAAAAAAAAAAAAACAUGAAAGGGGAAUAUGUAGAAUCCAAGAAUGAAACCCAAAGCAUGUUCUCAAAGCUUCACCAUCCUCACCCUCACCAACACCAACACCAACACCAACAACACCACCCUCACCAACACCAUCCAUUCGCAAAUCCUUUCCAAGUAAUCACUCGCGAAUGCCAGACCUCCGAAGAAGACGAUACCAGCCGUAGCAGCAGCGGCGCCGCCACAGCAACAACAACUACCACAUCCAACCCAACUGCUCAGCGAGCCAAAGAUCCUAAUCCUCCCGGCGAUGGAGCAACCAUUGAAGUUGUUAGGCGACCGCGGGGUCGCCCUCCCGGCUCCAAGAACAAACCCAAACCUCCCGUCAUCAUUACGCGCGAUACUGAGCCCGCCAUGAGUCCUUACAUUCUCGAAGUCCCUGGUGGGAAUGAUAUUGUUGAAGCUAUUGCUCGGUUCUGUCGCCGGAAGAAUAUGGGUCUGUGUGUGCUAACCGGUUCUGGCACCGUUGCUAACGUCACGCUCCGUCAGCCUUCAACGACCCCUGGCGCUACUGUUACUUUCCAUGGCCGAUUUGAUAUCCUCUCCAUCUGUGCGACUUUUCUUCCUCAAACGACGGCGUCUUGCCCUGUUCCUAAUGGGUUUACUAUCUCUCUGGCUGGACCUCAGGGCCAGAUCGUCGGUGGUUUGGUCGCCGGCACGCUUAUUGCCGCUGGUACUGUGUAUGUAAUCGGUGCGUCGUUUAACAAUCCUUCUUACCACCGGCUUCCGGCGGAGGAUGAGGUUCGUAAUUCGGGUUCGGCCGACGGGCACUCGCCUCAGUCAGGUGGAGGAGACAGUGGCGGACACGCGCCGGCGGAGUCGUGUGGGAUGUCUAUGUAUAGCUGUCACUUGCCGUCGGAUGUAAUUUGGGCACCCACCGCUAGACAACCACCUCCACCGCCACCUUACUGAUGGGAAAAAAUAUAUAUAUAUAUAUAUAUUUUGUUUCUGAUUUUGUUGUAUUUCUUUUUAAUCUGCCUGUUCACUUGUGAAUUUUUAGAAGAUGCUCUAUUUUAUUAUUAUUAUUAUUACUAUUUAUUUUCAAAA